CUUCAAGACGCCAUAUCAAGAAACCUGCUAGUUUCCGAUACAAAUAUUUUAUCAGCGCGAGUGCUCGCAAUUAACGCGUCGACGGGUCAGCUGGUGAACUGCGCGUGGUGGCAGCGGCAAGGUUUGGAAAUGGGAGGCCCUAGGAAGUUAACCGAGGGCAUUCCAGAGGUGGGCCAACGACCCGAUCCGGAUUAUCCUUGGUACGAGGACGCGGAUUCCAGUCCCGGUCUGCGCUCACCGAAAUUUAUGGACAGUCCUCUGAAAGUUUCGUACAGGGGAUGGUGGACAUAUCCCUACUACUCCUGUAUCUCCCGCAAAUGGCUCACAUCCUACAGCGUUCCCAUUCCCUCACCCGGACGUCACGGAAUGAAAGGCUAUCUAAGCUUAGACGUCGACGUCUCGAAUUUGGAAGUGAACCAAUGCGAAGACGACCACCUCGGCUCCUACUCCGAAAUCCUGGUGCUACACGGAACGCACAAAUGUCACAAUUUAACUUCGAAGUGCGUUUAUCGUUCCCAGCUGGGCUUAACGGGCUGGUCCAGAGGGAGCUAUCAAUGUAAAUGCAGACCCGGCUUUUAUUCGCCGCAUCACGCUGGUAUAUUUAACGGAACAAUUGUAGAAAUCGCAUGGCAGGAACAGGAGACGAACAACAGCAACGCAUGGUCGACGAUAUUCCGGUGCAAACAGUGCGCGCCAGGUUGCCACCACUGCUUCGGUCCCGAACCGUGCCUGGCAACCUACAAUUGGCCGUUUAGGACUGCGAUACUAAGUUUUAGUGUUUUUUGCGUUUUUUCGACACUCGCCCUUAUCGUUUACAUGUAUCGGCAUAAGAAAUUAAAAGUGUUUAAGGUAGCUAGUCCGAUUUUCUUGGCGAUUACGCUCGUCGGUUGCGGAAUUAUGUACUUGGAGAUGGCUGCCAUCUUUCCGGUGUUGGACAAGUACUCGUGUAUAGCCACAAAGUGGACGCGCCAUCUUGGAUUUUGCAUCACGUACACUGCCUUGCUGAUGAAGACUUGGAGGGUUUCUCUGACCUACCGAGUCAAAUCAGCGCACAAAGUGAAACUAACAGACAAACAGCUUUUGCAAUGGAUGGUGCCCAUACUUUUAGUAAUGCUCAUAUAUUUAGGAACUUGGACGCUAUCUGAUACUCCAAUAGCCGAAGAUAUCAAGGACAGCACCGGUUUAAGGUUCAAGCAGUGCUCUUACAACUGGUGGGAUCAUAGUCUUGCAAUCGGUGAGGUGUUGUUUCUAGCUUGGGGUGUGCGAGUCUGUUACAAUGUGCGAAACGCCGAAUCCUUGUAUAAUGAAGCUAGAUUGAUAAGUUACGCAAUUUAUAAUAUAGCACUCGUUAAUACCGCCAUGGUAGCAAUUCAUUUGUUAAUAUUUCCUCAAGCGGGACCUGACAUUAAAUACUUAUUAGGAUUUGUACGAACACAAUUAUCAACUACCGUUACAAUAGGCCUCGUAUUUGGACCAAAAGUUUUGAGAGUACUAAGAGGACAAGGUGAUCAAUGGGAUAACCGAGCCCGCUCCCGGGGAGUGACGGCAUCCUUCUCCCUAAACGGAAUCGGGCUAGUACCCGAAGAAGCGCCCGAUCUUUAUCAGGAAAACGAGGAACUUAAGGAGGAAAUCCAGAAGUUAGCGGCGCAGAUCGAGUUCAUGAAGAUCGUCUACAUGGAAGUGAAUAACAGGCACUUGAAGCCGAAGAGCGGUAGUUAUUUUACUAAUCUUAAUACACCAGGUGCGGUGCAAAGUCCUUUAGCUAAAUCGGGUUGUUUGUUAACAAAAUCGCCCGAAGAUCUUUGACUAAUAUGUGGCAGUAGUGAAGAGUGGUAUAGGCUAGGAAGACACGGAAGUGAAAAAGAUACACGUACCCCCGUCUUUGUUUGAAUGUUUCCUUCAGGCUUUGUGUUACCGAUGUUUUUUUUCGUAUCCAUUAUCUUUCUCCUUUGGUGGGACCGUCGGUCCUUUCGACAUUUAGGCCAUUCGGCUCAGAGUGGACCAUUCAAACUUUUAAGCGCUUCCCGCUACUUCCCUCGUGAAAUUGAUUUCAAGGUCUUCCCUAUAUUAUCCUGUUAGUGAACAGGUAAUGGAUACGAAGUUACCGAUUGCCAAAUUACCUUCAGUGUCUCAAUGUUGCACACCUAUAAGAUAAGAACUAUGUUUCUCUAAAACGCUUUUCCUACCCAAGCCCUUCCUCAUUACUGCAAAACAAUCAAACCGCCUUGUGUAAGAAGGUAGACCUUGUGUAGUUGGUAGCCCUUUGUUUUUUUUUUUGAGCUUGUCCGCUUAUAUACAUGUGAAAACUUGGCGCUUUUGAAAACUGUCAAUUGUUACCUGUGUGUCUGUCAUGUUAGCAUAUAAGAAAACAUUAUAAUAGCACAAAUUUCUGACUGAUAUUUACUGUAAAAGAUGUGCUUCAACGUGUGAUAAACCUGACCUUAUUUCAAUUUCUGGCUCUUGCCAGGUAGAUGUUACUGACUACUGAUCAUUUUUGUAUGCGUUGUUGGAUGGGUUUUCAAAUUCUAUAUUUCAUUACUCGUUACAGAAAACAUCCUUUUAAUGUGCGCCAUUGUAUUUGUUGAUAGAAUAAAUGUUUAAUGUUGAACUCUUAAUGUACAUAGACCAAAAAUUGGCAUUUAGGGAAAUUUUCUGUACAUAGUUCAAUGGAAGACAAUACUUAAACGAAAACUGCUUUUAUCAUUAUACAUAACAUAAGGUAGGGAUAUCUCAUAUUUUUGAUUUUCUAAAAGUAUAUUCUUGUCUUCCGUUCGACGUUGGGGGACGGAGACAACGAUAGGAUUUGUGUAGGACGCGUUAUUCUAACAAUUUAAUCUGCAAAAUUUAUGAUACAAAACAAAUAAAUAUGUUAUAUAUUUGUAAAAAAAAAUGUUUAAUAUAUAUGUAUUUCACAA